UAAUUAUCAAGAUUGGUUGACUCAUUCCACAGUUUAACAUUCAUAGAUACAUUGUCAUCCCUGUUCCUUUUCUGUCUCCCACGCUGUUAAGCGAAUGAUUUACAGGAUGAUUAAGAGAAUGAUUUACAGGAUGAUUAAGCGAAUAAAGAAAAACUAGUUCAUGAUACUCGUUAUUCAAACAAAGUUUCUGUCUGAAGGGUUAUCCGCCACGGCAUCAGAUUAGCCUUAUAGACUUCUGUAGUCUGCGUCGCACGCGGCGAGAUCAGACAAGAAAACUUUAAAUAUAUUGUCAAUGCAAUGGACUGGGAUUCAGAAAGGUCACUUUUUUCCUGAACAUAGCCUUCCUACUACUUUAUCAUCGUUUUUAUCUGUAAUCCAUGAUUCUGUCUCCAUUUUCUUCGUAUUUGGUUUUCUUGUCGCUCUGUGAUUCAUGUCCACCGCUGAGUGCGAUUCACCUUGUGUUUACCUUCAUUUCUGAGUGCCUUAGAUGCUAACAGAAGGCGGAAGUAGGCCAUUGAAAAAUACUUGUGGUUUGUCUUGUAACUGUAACAUCUAGCCAUUUGUACGCGCACGUGUCAGAUGAAUAUUCUUCACUAUUAUAUAUGCGCGCUCGCGCGUGUGUGUGUGUGCCUAAUAUUAUAUUAACGCUCAUAUUUGAAAAAUAUAUGUAUAUGUAUACUUUACAAUAUGUUAAAACCGCAACUUUAUUAGUCUGAAGCUGAAAUAAUACUGUAGAUGUCUCUUUGCUGAUCAGUCUGUAUUUACUUAUUAAAAGUAACUUCGAAAGGUAAACUUUUAGUAAGAGAGAAGUUGAAAGCGGGUAUGUGCUGCUGUAACGUAUCUAGAUUCUUAAAGAUUCCUGCAUUACAUUCACCUCCUUGUGUUUUCGUGUGUGUGUGUGUGUGUGUGUGUUGGGUGGUAGAUGGUGUUAGUGUGUUUUGUCCGCGCGUGUGUCUGUGUGUAACAUGUGCGCGUGUGUCUGUGGUGGGGCUGUUGCCGAGCGUGCGAGUACAGAGACAAUAGCAUGCGCGUGCCUGGGUGAGUGACGUCGUCUUACCUCAACUUUUCUUUCUCCGUGGACCGGCCACCGCACGUGCGCGCAUGCGCUCUCAGUCUACAUGACAUCGCCGUGCACAGCACCGACAUUCCACAACAGGCGGUCCAUCGGGUUCUACCCCAUCGCCCUCACAAACUCCAUCUGAGCAACCCAAGCCACAAACAACAGCCAUCAACCAUGUCAAGUACUCGUCUAACAUUUGCUCUGAUGGCAUAAUCACCUCGCCCCAGGACAGGUUAAAAGGUGGUUAACCCUACGUGUCCUACCCAACCUGCCAGUACAACUGCUCAGCCUGUUGCCUCUGACUGCUCUGUGGAUCUCAGUUUUGAGGUGAAAGACAUUCACACGGAAAUACAAGUAUCGGACCCUUCUCUUGACCACUGCAGUGGACACAAACAGACGGCGACAGUGAAAACUGCGACUGGCUAACACAACAAGCUGUUGUCUUCUAAACAUUGCACUACAAAGGAUCACCAUAGGUACAGGACUUUGCUCGAGCAAUAUCAGCAAAAGGUACAGGAUUUUUUUAAGGAGCACUUAAGGCAUUUCCCUGUUGUCAGUUCCACCAACUUGUUAUGACGAUUUGUUUGUUUGGUUUGUUUUAACGCCAUGCACUCUCUCGUCAAAUGAAGGAAUAUGUGUAUGAAUAUUUUAGUAGUGGUAGUUAUAGUAGCAGUGCUUUAGUAGUUGUAUACGUAUGAUUAGUCUUAGUAUGAUCAUAGUAGUAGUCCUCGUCCUCGUAGUAGUAGUGUAUGAGUAGUAGUCAUGGUAGUGUAGAAGUCGUAGUCAUAGCAAUGACUUUAUAUAAUAUGUCAUCCUUGCUCAUCAACAAGAACAAUACAAGUUCAAGUAUUAAUUGUUUCUAGUCCUUUCUACAGAUUUUUCUAUCACAUAUACUUUACAGUUACAAGUAUUUUAUAUUGCGCACGGACUUUAUGGACACCCAGUUUAUAUAAAAUUGUAAGCUAAAGUCUGUGAUUCGUGCCGAGAGCUCGGAACCUUGUAUCGACGGCUUGUAAAUAUCUGAUAUAUCUGAUAUAUCUGAACAAGUAUCUGCUCAAAGUCUCCGACGAAAGAGACGCUAUGGUCAUCGCCUUUCGUUUUUAACUGGCCCAGUCGAGAACAAAGGUAAAACAUUAUUAUCAAUUUUUAUGCACCUAUUACUUUAUUUGAAUUAGUUUUUCUGUUAGUUCUUUGCAAAUCAUUAUUUCCUGAAAAUAAUGGAGCCUGGUUUUUUAUCGUUUUAAAAAAAAAAUUAUGAAAGAGGGGAUUACUAUCUUAUCUCAAAAUUUACUCUCAGAAGAAAACUGGGGUUUGUAGACACCGCUACAAAUUAAUGAAAAUAUUCGAUGCUAUGUUAGGUCAAAAAUGAUCAAAUCUUUUACAAAUCGAUGCUUUGCCAUAUUCCCACUUUUUUAAACAGUGAGAAAGGAUAAAGUGCCUGACUAACUCAAACAAUAAAACUGGAUUUAAAGUUCUAGAAAAUGUUUGUCGUUUUUCUCAACUUCAUCAUAUGAUAAAGAUACAGAGGUCACAAGAAAGUAUUCAAAAAUGCACCAAAUGUUUUGUUAAUUUUUUUUUAAUUGUCUUUAAUAUCAGUUUUCAUAUAAUUAGCUUCUUAAAACGAAUGCGAUAGUACCCAAUUAAAUUUCUUGAUUUAAAAUAUUGUCGAAGAGGGCAGCUGUAGUUUUUUUUUGCGUAAGAUUUACUGAAAACAUGAUAAAUGUUUUUAUGUUGUUUUCCUUCUGACAGAAAACAUCAUGAAACAACCAAGAGUACAAUCUUCUAACGAAAUUCCACAAUAGACUUUGGCACUGCAUAAUUAUGUCUGACAUGACAAUCAGGAGGUCAACAUGAUGGUAUAUCUGCGAGGUUAGGGGUACAUGUUGGUGACUAUAAGAAACCUUGUAACGAGAAUGGCACUGAGGCAGGGACAGGUAGUGGUGCAUGUUUUAAUGAUAACAUUUUCUGCUUCGUCUAUUAGAAAAUUCAAUGCCCCGUGGUUUCAUCUCUGCAUGACUGAUUACAAAGCAUGUUGUUUUGUAUGCAUGUGAACAGCACAUGCUAGCUGCAAAGCUGGUCAGACACUUGUUUAGAAAGGUUUUAAGAAAACAUUUUAAAAAAAUUAUCUCCCACCAAAAGUCUUCUUCGCAUCUUCCUGUCGUCUGUGACAAGACAACCUGACAGUCAAGACUUGAACUUUAUGGUCAGACUUCCACCCAGUACUAAUCUCAUUAGCAGCAACAUCUUCCAAGCUUCAUCAAGCAAGUGAAUAGUCUUUCCAGCUUUGUUAUGCAUUGUCACGAUGACGACGAGACCAACCGUUAUCAGUGUAUGAAGAUUUUGUUUACUGAGCACAAGCGAGCAGAAGAUAUGCGAUACUUGUCCCCAGAAAUAGUAAACAAAAUUAUCCAGAUAAUGGAAAACUCUGUCCCGCGCUUUGUGUCAGAUGAUAUUAGACAAGCAAAAUGGUUGGCACUCUUGGCAGAUUUCACUAGAGAUAUUUAAUACAGACCAAAUAGUCACUGGCAUAAGAUGGUAACGCAGCACUGGGAAGUACUGGAGGAUCGACAGGAAUUGUUUUCUUUGUGCUUGAAACUUGAUUGAUUCGGUGGAACCUUCCAGUCUAAUAUUGUAGAUUCCAGUAUACGAUGAGGCCAGCACUUUGUGAAACCACAUUGCUGGCGUUGCAAAGCGAUUCAAAGAUGAGGUUUCUUAAAAAUCCUCUUCACUACUUAACCCACACAGUGAUUCUUGUGUUGCAGGAAAAAAUGUAAUGGUUAUCAGCAAAACAGUUGACAUUGUCCUUAAAAGGAAAACCAUAACACUAAGACAUAAUGCUAUAUUUCUGACGGGUUCUUGCACAUAUCAAUACAAUACCAAAACAUCCCAAAAUAUACAAAAAUGUGGCAAAACAUACAGACUGUUCCGUGUUCCUUUGACAGACUUCAUGACAUUGUAUUUUUUAAGCUUUCUUGCAAAUUUCAAGUUCUAAAAUAUUCCAAAAACAUUCAAACAGUUCUGUGUACCUUACACAUUGUCACUUUUCUAACACUUGAUCUCCCACACACUCCAGAUACCAAAACAUACUUAAAACAUGCAGAUUGUUCUGUGUGCAUUCGUUUAAUAAUUCUUUCUAUCCCUUCAUCAAAGAAAUGUUUUUGCAGAUUUCAUAUCGCAAGGCAUAUUAGAAGAAGCUAUCUCUCAAAUGUCACAUCAAUAUCAUCCAUACAGACAAGAUUGAAAUGCUGUCAUGUUCUUCAGGAAUGUAUGGCUGCCUUUUUAACGGAGCCCAGCAUGCACGACCUACUGACUUUUCCCGUCAACUGGUUUUUAUUUCUGUUGCUUCCAUCGUCACAAAGAUUUACAUCAUCAAGAAGGAAGGUGGAAAAAAAUCUUUCGCCAAAAAUGAAACCAAAUACUGACGGAGUAAAAGAAUGUACGGUUAUUAAGAGAAAUGGUUCGACUUCUUGGUCACAGUUCAAGAAAAGUGAUUUUUUUAAAAUGGUUAAGCAUCUCAUUUUUGCUUUUGAAGUUUUUAAUUUUUUUUAUCUCAGUUUAUUUAAUCAUCAUCUUGAUUUUGUUUUCUUAACUCCCGUCCUAGAGCCAAGGAAGUUAUUGCCUGAGAUCAUCAUGAAUGUCUCUGGCUGGACGAGUGUUGACAACAACGACACCAUCACCGUCAGCGGGAACCGAUCCACGAAGUCGUCGAUGCCGCUGAUGCUGGCGUCGCCACCUGUGGAGUUGUACUACUACCACCUGGUCUUCCUGUCAGCUGCGAUAGCUCUGGGAGUACCUGGUAACCUCUUGGUUAUAAUUGUGUACUCUGCAGUUCCUCGAAAGAUUGCCUGCGAUUGGUACAUCCUGUACAUCGGCGGCCUCGACCUUAUCGUCUGCCUCUUCCGUGUACCAACCCACCUGGCUAUGGAGACAGGUUACUGGCAGCGCCAUAGUUCCAGCAGCCUGUGUCGACUGGUGUACUGGCUCUCCCAGUCUGUCAUCACUGCAUCGGUCAUCCUCUUCGGUUUCAUCGCCGUGGACAGGUACAUCAAGAUCUGCAGGACCAACGUCCAGCUGUCCUUGCGGUUCUGCCUCGGCUGUGUAGCGGUCAUCUCUGUGGGCAGCAUGGUGUCGGCACUGCCCACCAUCUGGAUCUACUCCAGCAGCGUGCAAGGCCUGUGUGUCACCAGCUCCACGUUACUGGGAGAGACCCUCACCCGCGCCUACUACUCCUUCAUCUUCGUCGUCUUCAUCCUCAUGUUCCUUGUCGUUGUCUCUUGCUACACACUCAUCAUCGUCAAGGUCAGGAUGUCGAGAAAGAUACUGAAGGCGCACGGAGUGCGGGAUGUUGGACCGCAAAGCACCGCCAGGGGGAAAUCCCUCGCGAAACGGCGAGAAAACCGAGUAGGCGUGGCUACCGAUGGGAAUGAAGGACAGGCGUGUGGAACGAAGCGCAGCUCCCUGGACUUUGACUGCAGCAGGAACACCCCCUGGGUGACCAGAUCGUCGUUGACCUCCGUGCCACAGAAAGUUCAAGAUAAGGAGUUGCUCUGGACAGGAGCAGACGAGCAGACGACGGACGGCGUUCAUCUUCACACCCACCGCGAACCUGCUACUGGCAUCGACAUGGCAGCUGAGAGCAGAGAAUACGACCUCAACAGGUCACCGAAUAAUAUUGUAGGCCAUGUGGACGUGGCCGGGCUCAGCCACAGCGUCCAGUCACCGGCCAGUGUUGCGGGAGCUCCCCCCACUAAGAGAGGCAGCAUCGAGGACAAGGACCUGACGACAGGUACCGAGGUCGUGCACGUGAUCACCGUCGACAGCAGUCAGACAGCUGGACAAGGGCCGACGUCUGCCGAGGCUGGUGGUCACGUGACACGCUCGCGCGGAGACAUCAAGUGCCUGCCGUGCUUUCGCGUUGCACCAGACUCCGAGGUCAGCGACUAUCCCACACUUUCCGCGCCAUCCGCAUCCUGUGUGGACAACGAGGUCACCAACGGAAAAGGACGGCACGGCCACAUCGCAAAGGUCACGACCUCCAAUGGCGGCCACAGCUCGCGAAACCUGCGCCUGACUUUGCUGUUGCUGAUCAUGACCAUCCUCUUCGUGGUCAGCUGGAUCCCCCCUUACGUGGCCAUGGUCUGGUACUUCUAUGUCGGCUACACGCCUCCCUUCUCGUCCUCUGACCUCUCCGUCAUGACCUAUGCCCCUACCGGCUACAUCCUUAACCAUUUUGCCAACCCUUUCGUCUACCUCAUCUUCAGCUCGUCGUUUAGAAAGCACCUGGUUUAUCUGUGGCGAAAACUGAAAAACUUCUUGUGUUGAGCAAGCUGUUAACCCUUCUUAAUCGGCAAAAGGUCGAGGAUCGUUUCACCAAAUUAGGCAAAGUUGUGUCACAAGAGUAAAGUGGAUUAGUGCAAAUGUAUAACUGAAACAAAAAUGAAAAACUCAUCAGAAUUGUGUCUGAUCACCAGCGAAAAGUGAGCAACCAUUUAACUAUUACGAUGAGACACCUGAGUAGCAAAGAAACUUAUUUUCCCUAGCCAGCCACCAUUCUCAGCCUGUGUAGACAAGAGCACGUAAUGCAGUCACGUCCAGCACUGCAGUUCUCUCCCUUAGACCAAUGCCUGUUUCUAGGCCACUACUCCCUCCCCACGCCCACCUCCUCCUUAUCAACUGUUUAUGAGCCAAGGCCACUCUGCAAAAUAUCACGAAGUCAUUUUCAAUCGUUCGAUUUUUGUGUUUCGACAUCAAACUAGAACAGUGAAUCAAUUAUUGUUGGCCUUUCAUUUUUGUUGUGAAAUUGUUAAGCAGAAAAUAAAAGACAGUAGAGCAGGAGAUAUAAAAAAGAUAUUAGAAAAAGAAGUAAAUGAAAUGAGGGCUAGAAUAAAACGAAAGAAUGGAGUUUAAAAAACAUUAUAUAACAGAUUGGUUCUCGCCAAUUGUGUGGCCCUAUGCUGCUGGAGGAGUAAAAAGGAAUAAACAAGGCUCUUGCCAAUUGUAGCAAUAUUCCGUAGUGUAAUGGUAAUGUGAAUUUACUUCUUUUUUUUCCUACUUUUCUGAUAGGUUAUGGACACUACUUGCAUGCAUGGUUUGACAGGAAGGUGCUUCCACCUAAAGGUGAUUUUACAAUUAAUGACACUAGUAUAUUUUGACAAAUCUAGUUAUGCUAGGUUUUGUUUUGACUUGUAAAAAUCCAUUGAAAACUGGACUUCAACAAACUACUAACUGCUGAAGUCUAUGCGAAGAAAAGAUGACUAGAUCAUGCACUGAACUAGAGCUAUUGCCUACACCCAGAAAUGGAAGAUGUAAUCUGUAAGUAGACAGUUUGAGAUCAUUUUAGAUGAAAAUAUGAGUUGUUUCACUUGCAUGUUCCCCCCUCAAAAAAAAAAUCUUGGCUCCACUGCAUUUUCCAUCUCACUCCUGUCUACAUCUCAGACAGUGCAACUGUAAACUUUUUGAGCAAAACUUAAUAAGUACCUCAAAUAGCCCACUGCAAAAGUGCUGCUGUAAGUCUUGCAAGUCAAAACACUUCCAUCUGACUGCAAGGAUUGUCUAACAAAGCUGGAAUUCUGUUAACAAUUGUCAGACAUGUCAAAUUGUGUGAAUGAGCGCAAUGGCCAUUAAUUUGACAUCAACAAGCUGUCAGCUAUUCACAGGGGAGAUUUGUUUAUAAAACACCAAACAAACAAACAAAAUCCAGACAUCAUGAAAAUUUGCUGUGCCAGGUUUGUCAGGCAAGGCAAGAAAAUCCAAGGAGCAAAUGCGGUUAAGGUCUAGUCUUGUAAUCCUGUUGUGUAUGAAAGAAGAAAAUGUCAUUUCAAUAAUGUCUUCUUUAGGUGGUAGACAACGCACCUCGUAAAAUUUAUACAUUGUAUGCCAGACUAAUCCAGUAGUCAUCUACAAGUGAAUUGGGCAUGCCACCUUGUCAGCCAAUGGGACAGGGGAAGAUCGAGGAGACCUUCAAAAAGUCUAAGCGGUAAGCAUCUGGCAACCAAAUAGUGACAAGGAAACUAAAUCACAAACAGCUAGGUUUUAAUAAAUAAUAGCUCCGUAGGCCACAACGUCAAGGUAUAGUUUGACAUCUUUAUUGAGUGGAAAUACAUAUAAUGUUACUCUAGAACAAAAAGACAAAAAAUCUUUUCAUGUUUGUGUGAACUGUUGAACAGCAAAAGCUCUCAGAAGCUUGGGUUAAAGUAGUUACAGCUUGGCACCAUUUGCAGAGAACUGUACAGGAGGUGCACUGUAUGUUCUGCAGUAUUAAAUGACAUAGGCAUAUACAGACUUUCGACUCUUCUCUAG